UUACUUAGAUCUUAUAAACUUCGAUCGAAAUCUAAGAUUUCUUCAAUAUUCUUAGACACACGUAUAAAUGACGUACUCUCUUAAUACAAACUCGUUGAUUUUAUUUUUCAUGUAUUCAAUUGAAACCAAUUAGUAUUCAUCAUGGUACAUUUGGUUAUAGGGGUGUGGCCGACUUAGUAAUACAGUUAAGCUAGCUUUAAAAUGAAUUUUAUGCACAAAUUAAGGGAAACAAAUAAAACAUUUGUUAUAGCUGAAAUUGGUCAGAAUCAUCAGGGUGAUAUUAACAUUGCAAAAGAACUUAUCAAAAUAGCAAAGGAAUGUGGAGCAGACUGUGCUAAAUUUCAAAAAACAUGUCUGACAGAAAAGUUUACUGUAUCAGGUCUUAAUAGGCCUUAUAAAUCUGUAAACUCUUGGGGAGAUACAUAUGGGGCACAUAAAGCUUACUUAGAAUUUUCUCAUGAGGAAUUCAUUGAACUCCAAAAUUAUGCACAGGAAAUAAACAUAUUAUUAACUGCAUCAGCAAUGGAUCCAGAAUCUUUGAACUUUCUAAAAGAAAUUACGGUACCAUUUAUAAAGAUUGGAUCGGGAGAUUCAAAUAAUUUACUUUUAAUUGAGCAAGCAGCUUUGACUGGAAUACCUCUUGUUAUUUCUACUGGCAUGAUAAAUUUUGAUACUGUUAAACGUAUAUAUGAUUUGGUGUCAAAGUAUCAUAACAAUUUUGCACUUUUACAUUGUGUAUCUGCCUAUCCGACUCCUUACGAAAACAUUAAUUUAAAUGUUCUAAAUGCAUAUAUCAAAGAAUUUCCCGAUAUUGUAAUAGGAUAUUCAGGACACGAAAUUGGAAUACAGCCUACUGUAUGUGCUGUAGCAAUAGGGGCAAAGAUAAUAGAAAGGCAUAUUACUCUUGAUAAAAAACAGAAAGGGUCCGAUCAUAAUUGCUCUUUAGAACCACCCGAAUUGAAACAAUUGAUAGAUCAAAUAAGGUCAAUAGAACUGGCAAUGGGAGACUCGAUAAAACAAAUACAAAACUGUGAAUUGUCCUGCUAUGAAAAAUUAGGAAAAAGUUUAGUAUAUGCAUUUGAUUUUAGCAAGGGACAUAAACUAAAAAAAGAUGAUCUGAAAAUAAAAGUGUCUUAUCCUAAAGGAUUAGAUGGACUGUUAUUUGAUGAAGUUGUAGGAAAAAAUAUAAAUUGUAACGUUAAAUCUGAUGAUCCUGUACUUUCCGAACAAUUUUCUUAACUAAUAAAACCUAGCAAUUA